AUGGAAAAGUACCAAGAAGUAUUAGAUAUUCUUGGUGAUGAAAAUCCAUUCCUUGAUAGAGAUUAUAGUUCUGAUAAAAACACAGAAGGGAUCAGUCUUGAAGCAUCCAUUUGUUAUCUACGUGGGGUCGCAUACUCUCAACAGUCUGACCUCGAUAACGCUAAAAAGUGGUUUAAAAAAGCGUUGGAAAUAGAUGUUAAAUGUUUUGAGGCAUUUAAUGAACUAGUCAUAAAUCACAUGAUGACAAGUAAGGAAGAAUGGGAUUUCGUUCAUUCAUUAAAAUUUGAUGAACAAUUAGAAUGUGAGGAGGCCCAUUUUAUCAAAAUGAAUUACAUAUCAAUGCUGAAAAAGUAUGAACACGUAACAGAAAUUCAAGAAGCAAGAUCUGAGUUAGAGGAUAAAUUUCGACUAUCAAACAAUGCAGAUAUAUUAUUAAGCCAUGCAGAUGAAUUAUAUACUCAAUGUCGAUUCAAAGAAUGCCUUGAAGUCACGACUAAAUUGCUUGAACUUGAUAUGAACAACCAAGCGUGUCUUCCUAUUCACAUUGUAUGUCUCCACGAGUUGCGUGAGAAAAACAAAUUAUUCUUGUUUGCUCACGAACUUGUCGAACAUUCUCCGGAUAAAGCUAUCACGUGGUUUAGCGUUGGUUGCUAUAAUUUUCUGAUUGGCCAGAAUGACGAAGCGAGGAGAUAUUUUACCAAGGCAUCUACUAUGGAUUCUCAUUGCGGGCCAGCGUGGGUAGGAUUUGGACAUACUUUUGCCAUAGAAUCAGAGCACGAUCAAGCAAUAACAGCUUAUUCUACAGCAGCAAAAUUAUAUCCAGGUUCACAUCUUCCGACUCUUUUCAUUGGUAUGCAACAUCUUCAAGCCAAAAACCUUCUGUCUGCUGAAGAAUAUCUAUUGACAAGUUCCCAAAUCUGUGAGAGUGAUCCAUUGGUAUUAAACGAGUUGGGUGUGCUUUAUUUUCAAAAGUUCAAGUAUUCUGAAUCAGUCGAAUCCUUUAAGAAGGCACUUACAAGAGCAGAGGAAACAAAAUGUCGACCACAAGUAUGGGAAACAAUAUGGAUUAAUCUUGGCCACGCUUUUAGGCAAUUAGGCGAGCUGGAUAUUGCUGAAUCAUAUUUCCAAAAAGUAGUCUCUAUGUCACCGCCAAAUUCGGAUGCAUUAACUGCAUUAGGAUACAUUUAUCAUGUGAAAGAAGAGUUUGAAGAGGCUAUCAUGUAUUAUCAUGAGGCAUUGGGUAUAUGUCCUUAUGAUCCGAUAACACAUGAUCUUUUGAGUGCGUGCCUUAAAGAAAUGGUCCAUUGUUGA